CCCCCCCUUCUCAAAGCUGCCAAUUGGGACCUUUUUCACUGAGAAAAAUGGGGGUUUUGGGGUGCCCCUCCCAAAGAAAUGUGCCCCCCUGCAAAUCCAGCACGGAAAGGGGGGGGCCCCUUGCAACGGAAAGGGAGGAAAUGGUGUAAGAGGCGUUUCUUACGCCGUAAACCGGAGGAUGGAGCUGCGCCGCAGUUGGGGGGCCGUGGCUUUGCUCUACCUUCUUCUGCGGGGGGGGCGCCCUGAUCCGUGCCGCGUCUCCAUCGCUCCCGAGGAUCCAAUUGUGGAGUUGGGCUCCUCCAUCCUCUUCAACUGCACCAGUUCCUGCUCCAACCCCACCCGCUUGAACUGGGAAGUUUCCGUCACCAAACUGGGAACGCGAGGACCCACUUGGGUUUCCCUCGAGAUCCCCAACAUCACCGACUGGAGUCUGGAAAUUCAGUGCUUUGGCGUUUUCGGUGAACGCCGCGUCGUCACCAGCACCACACUGCGCGCUUACCGAUUGGAGCCCCCCCAAAUCUCUCUGCCUGACGAGGUGGUUUUGGGGCGCCCGACGCUCCUCACCUGCACCGCUCGUGCCCAGGGCCCCCCCUCGGCCCCCCCAAAUGUUCUGCUGUCCCUCUGGGGUCGGGGGGUACCCCCCGGCGUCGCCCCCUCCUCCUCCUCGUCCCCCCUAAAGUUGGGGUUCGUGGCACGAGCGGAGCAGCACGGCCGCGACGUCACCUGUGAGGCGACGCUUUGGCUCCGGGGACGGAGGCUGAACGCCAGCGCGGGGGUCACGCUGUGGGUCUGGGCCCCACCCCACCACGUCCACGUGUGGUCGCCGCACUCCACCUUUGCCGCCGGUGACAACGUGACGGUGCGGUGCCGAGCCGAGGGGAACCCCUCACCCAGGAUCCACUGGGAGCUGCCCAGUAACACCAGUUUGGAACUGGGGGACAACGGCACCACCGUCACCAUCCCCGCGGCCCGACGGGAACAUGGGGGCACCUACCACUGCGUGGCCACCAACCGCUACGGCACCGGCACCGCCAGCAUAGACAUCCCCUUCCAAGGUUCCCCUCGCAGCCCUCUCAUCCCGGUGGCCGUCACCUUGGCCGUUCUCUCCGUUGCUGCCGUGCUCGCCGGCUCCUGGUGGCUUUACCGCGUCCGGGGUUGGAAGCCGAUGCUGGAUGGGUCCCAGCACAGCUGAUCCCACCCGGAAUGGCACCAAGAACCACUUUGCCUCCAGCUCUUUGUGUAUUUUUCCCAUCAUUGCCCAGUUUAGGGGGGACUCCCGGUGCUGCUUUUGGGGUCCUGGUGCCACUGUGAGGUCCCAGUAUUGGUUUAAGGA